GUGGUACAUGUGACAUCACGCGCGCGCUGACAGUCGAAGCCCCCCCAGAGGUUUGGUGAGAUUGUGGGAGCCGUUGGUUCCGCACGGAGCCUGAGCAGCAUGACACACUUGAAUUAAAAUGCGCUUUUUGUGUGGAUAUGACAGCCGCCUUACAUGCCUACAUCUGCGGUUAUAAAAGGCGACUCAUUUGCCUCUAAGAAAAUGCCUUAUGGGAAACACUAUCAUUCGAAUACAUUCCAAAAUUAGAGGACCAAGAAUAAGCUGCAUUUUCUAUGAUAACGUUUUGUACCCAAUCUGCUGGAGCAGACCUUUUUUGCAUCGCCAACCUGCCGCCCUCGUCUCCAGAAUCGCUUCAACGACCGUCCCGCAGGGCGACUGCCUAUCAUGAGAUUCCGAAUUUACAAGCGAAAGGUGGUAAUACUGACUCUAGUGGUGGUAAUCUGUGGAUUCGCCGUCUGGAAUAGUGGUAAGACGAAGAAGGCAAGCGCCGUGUUUCCCAAGGAGGUGGAGACGGGGAAGCGGAGCAGCGCCGCCGGUCCAGUACAAGUAACGAUACCAGUAACCCGGAAACCUGUCAACGAGACUCUUCCGGAAAAACAGCAAGCAGUUGCCAAGCCUGAAGCAGACAACCAGACUCUGGUGUACAGAGGGAUCGUGUUUCAACUCAACUUUGACCAGACCCUCAGAAAUGAGGAAAAGUUUCGCAACGUGCGCCAGAAGGACGACCUUGUCAUCGUCGUUCAGGUUCACAACCGUCCCGAAUACCUACGGCUUUUGGUGGGCAGCUUGAGAAAAGCGAAAGGAAUUGAGAACGUCUUGCUGAUAUUCAGCCAUGAUUUCUGGUCUCCGGAAAUCAACCAGAUAGUCGCGUCCGUCGACUUCUGUUUGGUCCUUCAGAUAUUCUUCCCCUUUAGCAUCCAACUCUAUCCUCAAGAGUUCCCCGGGAAUGAUCCCAGAGAUUGCCCUCGAGACAUUCCCAGGAAAGAUGCCUUAACGUUAGGCUGCAUAAACGCAGAGUACCCGGACUCCUUCGGACACUAUCGAGAAGCCAAGUUCUCACAGACCAAACAUCAUUGGUGGUGGAAGUUGCACUUUGUUUGGGAUCGAGUCCGAGUGUUGAAGGAACACCAAGGACUCUUGUUGCUCAUCGAAGAGGACCACUACCUCGCUCCCGACUUUCAGCACCUUCUCAAACUGAUGGUGUCCCUAAAGAAAGAACAGUGUCCCGACUGCGAUAUCUUAUCUCUGGGAAGCUACGGACACAUCGGCUACUCCAGCAAAGCAAACAAAGUGGAGGUGAAAGCGUGGAAGUCCACCGAACACAACAUGGGAAUGGCGUUGAACAGAAAUACGUACCAGAAACUCCUCAGAUGCACCGAUGCCUUCUGCACCUACGACGACUACAACUGGGAUUGGUCGUUGCAGUACCUUACCGUGAGCUGUUUGCCCACGUUCCUAAAGGUCAUGGUGAGCGAGGCGCCUCGGAUUUUCCACGCCGGCGACUGCGGCAUGCACCACAAGAAGUCGGCUUGCAUGCCGAGCAGCCAGAAGACAAAGAUCGAGAACAUUCUCCAGAGCAGCGGGAACCAGUUGUUCCCGAAACAGCUGCUUAUCACAAAGAGACUCCCUUCUUCCGGGGCCAAAGGAUUGGCUCCGCACGUCAAAAACGGAGGUUGGGGAGACAUCAGGGACCAUGAACUCUGCAAGAGUUACCUUCGAUUACAGUGACUUUACAUUCUUUCUUUUUUGUUGUUUUUGCAUCCUCUAAUGAAAGCCUUUAAGAGUUCUUUAUGGACUACUACUUCUUAUUGCCUGUUUUAUUGAAAUAUUCCAAAUAAAAAAAAGUAUGUGACGUUUGGA